CUUUGGAGACUCACUCCAGCAACUCCUCGGCACUACAGCAGCUCUCUACAGGAAUUUUCAGCGCUUCUGGGGGACACACCAAUAAAAAAAUUAAAGAUUUGUAGCUGUUUGUUCACAUGUGUCCAGGGGGAGAUGAAGUACAUUGGAUCCUGCAUAGUUUGGCUUUGCAUGGCAGUCUUCCUCCUUCCUGUUUCUACUUCCGUGGCUGUCAGUGACCAGACAGGCUCUGUGUGUCCUUUAAUGAAAACAGCUGCCCGUCAUCUCAAACAAAUCAACAGAGACAGUCGUGGUGUAUCAGGAUUUGAUCUGGCAGAAAGCUUUUCUUUAAGGCAAACAUCUUGUGGUGGGGAAAAAAUCUGUUUUAAACUGGGAAGUGCACCUCUCAUUAGAGAUACAAGGCAAGUAUUUCCAAAUGGGCUUCCUGAAGAAUACUCUCUAGUUGCUACGUUCCGUGUACGGAGAAAUACCAAGAAGGAGCGUUGGUAUAUAUGGCAAGUUUUAAAUCAGUAUGACACACCUGAGAUCUCUAUUCUCCUGGAUGGUACAAAAAAGGUGGUGGAAUAUAUGACCAGAUCCUCUCAGGGAAAUAUACUGCACUACACUUUUAAGAGUCGAGAAAUUUAUCCAUUGUUUGAUCGGCAGUGGCAUAAGCUUGGUAUUAGCGUGCAGUCAGGGAUCAUUUCCCUCUAUUUGGAUUGUAAUUUAAUUGAGAGAAAGCAGACUGAUGAAAAAUUCACCAUUGACUUGCAGGGAAGGACACUGAUUGCUUCUCGUGCUGCGGAUGAUAAGCCUGUAGAUAUUGAACUUCACCACAUAGCGGUUUAUUGUAAUUCACAACUUGCAACAGAAGAUACGUGUUGUGAAAUAUCUGCAGACUUGUGCCCACAUGAGGAGAGGUUACUGGCUACGACUUCCUCACCAGCAACUGCUCAUGCCAGCAAAAUAUACAUGCUUCCAGGGAUGCAGCAAGAAUCUGCACAGAGAUGCUACUGCUUUCCAAAUAAAGGAGAAGCAGGAUUGCCAGGAGUAGCUGGUUUGCCAGGCCAGAAAGGAGAGAAAGGUGAAAAGGGUGAGAUGGGUGUGAAAGGACCAGACGGUGUUGCAGGUCUGCCUGGCGAAAAGGGUGAACAAGGCUUUCCAGGUAGUAAGGGUGAAGAAGGUGAAAAGGGUGAAAAAGGAGAUAAAGGAGAACCAGGACCAGAAGGCCUUCCUGGAACAGAGGGACUAAAAGGUGACCCUGGUAGUCCUGGUGUGGCUGGUCCAAAAGGAGAAAAGGGAGAUGCAGGACCUCCAGGACCAGCUGCCUUGAGUGGUUUGCUGGAGGGUCCCCAAGGUCCACCUGGCAAAGAAGGUCAAAGGGGGAGACGAGGCAAACCAGGCCUCCCAGGAAAACCGGGGCCACCAGGACCUCCUGGUCCUUCCGGACUAAAAGGAAUACUGGAUUCAUUGAACAAGCAUUAUAAUGAGAGUGAUACAAGACUACUGGGAGUACUUGGGACCCCUGGAUUUAAAGGCCAGAAGGGAGACAUUGGUCAAAAAGGAGAAUUGGGAAUGACUGGUGCAAAAGGAGAAAAGGGAGAGCCUUCUGAAAAAGGGGACAAGGGAGACCCAGGAGAGACUGGAAUGGACGGAUCAAAAGGAAAUAAGGGUGAAAUGGGAGAUCCUGGACCACCUGGUCUUAUUGGAAAUCCAGGAUCAAAGGGACUGCAAGGCCCUCCAGGACCUGUUGGACCCAGGGGACUGCCAGGAGAAGUUGGCUUACCAGGAGAUCCUGGGGUACCAGGAAACCCAGGAAUUAAAGGAAACAAGGGUGACCCUGGUGGAAUCAUAGGACCACCUGGACAUCCAGGUCCAAAAGGUGAUAUGGGGCCUCCUGGACCUAGUCUUCCUGGAACACCAGGUCCCACUGGUGUUCCUGGAAACCCAGGUCCAAGGGGGCCAAAGGGAGAAAGAGGACUACCUGGUGUACAGGGAGCACCUGGGGAGAUGGGGCCCCCUGGAAUAGGCAUUCAGGGAUCACCAGGUCCUAUAGGUCCAACUGGAUCAGCAGGUGUGCAGGGCCCUAGGGGACCUCCAGGACUACCAGGAGCUCCAGGUACCCCUGGUAUUAAUGGCACUCCAGGAAGAGAUGGAAAGCCAGGACUACCAGGCCCUCCAGGUGAUCCUGUUGCUCUUCCACUUGUGGGAGACAUGGGUGCUAUUCUGAAGGGUGAUCCUGGCACAAGAGGUCCUCCAGGCAUUCCUGGUAGAGAAGGACCAAAAGGAAGCAAAGGCGAACGUGGGUUUCCUGGGCUUGCGGGAGAAAAGGGCGAUGAGGGUCUUCAAGGUGCUCCAGGACUGCCAGGUAUACCAGGACCCAGUGGCCCAUCUGGAGUCUCAGGAAGACCUGGACAUCCCGGUCCAGCUGGAGCAAAAGGAGAAAAGGGUAGUGAAGGUUCUCCUGGGAAACCUGGACCACCUGGGCCUCCGGGUAUGCCUUACAAUGAAAGAAAUGGAAUGAGCAGCUUAUAUAAACUGCAGGGAGGUGUGAGUGUCGCAAGUUAUCCAGGUCCACCAGGACCUCCGGGUCCAAAAGGGGAUCCUGGAACAGUGGGAGACCCAGGACCAAUGGGAUUACCAGGACUGGAAGGACUCCCAGGGGAAAAGGGUGACCGUGGACCAGCUGGAGCACCUGGAGUGUCAGGGACACCGGGAAAGCCAGGAUCCCCUGGGUCCCCAGGGUUGCCAGGAGAACCUGGUGAAAGAGGACCUAUAGGAGAUAUAGGCUUCCCUGGUCCAGAAGGGCCACAAGGAAAACCAGGAAUCAAUGGAAAAGAUGGAUUGCCAGGUCCUCCGGGAGCUGUGGGAAGACCAGGAGACAGAGGACCCAAAGGAGAACGUGGAGAUCAGGGUAUUCCAGGGGACAGAGGUCCACAGGGUGAACGAGGGAAACCUGGCCCAUCUGGAGAAAAGGGGGAUGUGGGUCCUGUUGGCCCUCCAGGAGACAGAGGCUAUCCAGGAUCACCAGGUCAUCAAGGUCCCCCAGGUUCACCAGGACCCCCAGGGUUUCCUGCUGAUGCAAUUUCACUUGAAGAAAUAAAAAGAUAUAUCAAACAAGAGGUUCUUAAGGUGUUUGAAGAAAGGAUGGCUCAAUUUGUAUCCCAGCUGAAGCUGCCUGCUGCAAUGCUUGCCUCCCAAGCUCAUGGAAAACCAGGGCCCCCAGGAAAAGAUGGGUCUCCAGGGCCACCAGGAAAGGAUGGUUUGCCAGGGCCACCAGGAGAACGUGGAAUUCAAGGUUAUAGAGGACAGAAAGGGGAAAGAGGCGAGCCUGGAAUUGGACUGCCUGGUAACCCUGGACCACCUGGCCCUGCAGCUGCUGGCCUGCCAGGCCCGCCAGGAACAUCAGGCUCACCAGGACCGCAGGGGCCGCCCGGACCCAACGGGAGAUGCAAUCCCGCAGAUUGCUACUACCACGUAUCACAGACUCGCUCACGCACCAGCAGGAAAUAA